UAACUUUUUUUAAAAAAAAUUUGUAAUUCAUUUUUCUUUGCUACUAAUUUGGCUAUUUUGGUGAGAUUUGGAUAAAGGAUAAGGAUCUCUUUUUCGCUUUACUUUUCUCUCUUUCCCUCUUCGAUCUCUCGAUUCUGUAUCGAUUUUUCUCUUUUGUCAAAUGGAAGUUUCAGUGAUUGGAAAUCCUCAAGCAAGGAUCUGCAGAUCAGAGUUAGUGUAUAGGGAGCUCGGAUUUAGAUUUGGGUCCGAAGUAAUCUCCGGUGAAUCGAGAAAUCGGGUUAGUUUCAGGAGCCAAAUCUCGAAACUGAAGGAGAUUGGGAUCCGGUGCUCAUCUAGGUCUGUCAAAUGCGAAGCCAUCAUCUCCGAUCAAGUCCCGUUUCUGAAUUCCACUCCAAAAUCUAGAUCGCUUGAGAGCGUAAAAUUAUUUGUUGGGCUUCCACUGGACACAGUUUCAGACUGCUACAACGUGAAUCACAUGAAAGCCAUCACGGCUGGGCUCAAAGCUUUAAAACUACUUGGUGUAGAGGGAAUUGAGUUACCAAUCUUCUGGGGAGUGGUUGAGAAAGAAGCUGCAGGAAAAUAUGAAUGGUCAGGCUACUUAGCAGUGGCAGAGAUUGUGAAGAAGGUGGGACUAAAGCUUCACGCUUCACUCUCUUUCCACGGAUCAAAAGACCCGGAAAUAGGUCUCCCUGACUGGGUGUCAAAGAUCGGCGAAGCUGAACCAGGGCUCUAUUUUACAGACAGAUAUGGAAACCAGUACCAUGAUUGUUUGUCGUUUGCAGUCGAUGAUGCUCCUGUUCUUGAUGGGAGGACUCCUAUGGAGGUUUACAGAGGUUUCUGCGAGAGCUUCAAGUCUGCUUUCUCAGAUUACAUGGGAAAUACAAUCACGGGAAUCACAUUAGGUAUGGGACCAGACGGUGAGCUGAGAUAUCCUUCUCAUCAACACGACGACAAGUUCUCUGGUGCUGGAGAAUUCCAGUGCUACGACAAAUACAUGCUUUCUGCUCUUAAACAGUACGCUGAAUCCACAGGAAACCCUCUUUGGGGACUUGGUGGUCCACACGAUGCUCCUACUUACAAUCAACAGCCUCAUUCCUCUUCUUUCUUCUCAGAUGGCGGGUCCUGGGAAUCUCAAUACGGUGAUUUCUUCUUAUCUUGGUACUCGUCUCUUCUCAUCUCCCAUGCAGACCGAGUCCUCUCUGUUGCCUCAUCCGCAUUCAACGGAAGUGGAGUGUCUGUGUGUGGGAAGCUACCUCUCUUACACCAAUGGCAUAAGCUAAGAUCUCAGCCUUCUGAGUUAACAGCUGGAUUCUACAGCUCUAAUGGGCAGGACAGGUACGAGGCCAUCGCAGAGAUCUUUGCAAAGAACUCUUGUAGAAUGAUAAUACCUGGAAUGGAUCUAUCGGACGAGCACCAACCACCGGAAUCUCUCUCGAGCCCCGAGUCAUUACUUGCCCACAUCAAAACAUCCUGCAAGAAACAAGGAGUGGUUGUGUCAGGGCAAAACUCGUCCGUCCCGGUCCCUGGUGGGUUCGAGAGGAUCGUUGAGAAUCUAGAAGAUGAGAAUGCAGGAAUUGAUCUGUUCACUUACCAGAGAAUGGGAGCACGUUUCUUCUCUCCGGAGCAUUUCCAUGCUUUCGCAGUCUUUGUCCGGAACAUGAACCAAUUCGAGUUAUCCUCACAAGAUCAAGCAGGAGAGAAUGUGGCCGAGUCAUUAAGCAUAGGUUCAGGCACUGGUGCAGCUAGUUUGCAAGCCGCUUGAUGAAAAUGCAGAUUCAUAUUUGUAUAUAGAUUUAAAAAAGCCUCCUGUUUUUUUUAGCCUUUAUAUAGAUGUUGUCAUAUUACUGUAAAAUUAUUUGUAUCCAUGUCUUCACAAUACAUAAAUCCUGAAGCGUUAUCAGAUACAACAUAUGAUUUUUU